GCGUAGCGAGUGGACGUGAGAGGCGCAUGCGCGCUUUGCCUGCAUAUUACAAUAACAAUUGUAACAAACAAACAACAAUCGUCUGCGGUUCGGUUCAACGUGAGUCGUGAGCUCUGGUGAUUCGUGUUUGUUUCGUUUCGGCUGCACUUUUUGCAUACUGUGUAUGUGCAUGUGUGUUUUAAUGUGUGUUGUACACGCUUCGUCGCGCGUGGAAUAUUACAACAACAACUUGUAGCAGCCAAGAAGGCAAAAGUAUUGGCCGCGGCUUCCCUCACUCCCUGACAGCUGUGUGACUCGUCAAAAUUCCAAGCGCGAAUUUCAUCGCAGGGUUAUGCAAAAGACAAUAUCAAUAACAACAACAACAACACCAACAAAUGAAUAAAGUCCAAGUCGCAACAAAACACAAAUCACAGCAACGUGUUGUCAACGGCCAGUGAAAUCUGCUGGCCAAAAACGAAAUCCGACAGCAAAGCAGCAACAAAAAACAAAAAAAACCCCAAACAACUGCAAUGAAAAUUAAACAUUAUCCGGGCAAAGCCGUCGAUGCGAGUCUCUCGCUGGACACCAGCAGCACCAUGGGCGCCCUCUACGAGGCCAACUGGCUGCAGGCCCAUCAUCAGCACCAUCAAUCCCCGCCAGCCGUCACGCCCACUCCAACGCCCCCGCAAACAGUCAGGCUCAGUCGACAGGCGAGCAGUGCGGGCAGCAGCUUUCUCCUGGAUGGCAUCUCGGCACUCAGCAAAUACCAGAUGACGCUGGAGAACAUACGUCAGCUGGAGUCGAAGGAUCAGCGCAUUGUGAAGACCAUCAAGGAGCUGAACGGCUAUCGACCCUCGGCGUUGCAGCAUCACAAGCAGCAGUUACACAAUGGCUGGGUGGAUGAGCAGCAAGAGGAGUUAGAAGAGCAGCAGCAACAGGAGCAUCUCAAGUCGAACACAACAGCAGCGCCGUCAGCAGCAGCUGUCAAUCAUUAUGUGCUCGAUCCGACGGAACGUCCGCGUGUGCCACGCCCACGCCAACAGGUGUCCGUGAAGCCGCCCUCGUUGCGUCGCUCUCAGACCAUGUUGCAACAGCAUGCCCCGCCCAGCUAUGUGACGUUGCGUGCACCCAAAGCCAAACCCGCCUCGCCCAGUAAGUCAGGCAGCAACAGUUCCUCCGCCUACUCCACAUUCUCCUCGGCCGCCGAGGAUCGUGUCAUCUGUCAGCAGCCCCAACGUCUGAUGCCGCCACCCACAGAACCGCCACCAGCGCCACCCAUCAAGCCUCGCUCAGCGAAGCCUUUGAGUCGAUCACAGACGAGCGUGCAGCGUUAUGCCACCAUUCGAUUGCCACAUCACUCCAGCUCAUUUUGUCGAGCGCCGAUGCGCAACGAGGCGCCAACGCCGCCCACAGUGCGGCGUCACAGUCUGGAGCAGGCGUUGCAGGGUCUGAAACUCGAGGAGCAACAGCCGCAACAAGUGUCGCCCGCUGUCAGCAGCAAUGGCAGCUCAAAGGAUCUCAAUGGCGAAGGUUUCUGCAUACCACGACCACGCCUUAUUGUGCCCGUGCACACAUAUGCAAGGCGGCGACGCACCGGAAAUCUCAAGGAGAAAUCUGCCACUCAGGAGGAGGAGGAGGAACAGCAGCAGGAAGGCAACAGUGAUGGACGCGUCGAGGUCUCGCGCGAGGGCAAAUAUCUAUCGACGUUGUCGGGGGCGAAGGUGCUCGGUGAAUUGGCGAUACUCUACAAUUGCCAGCGCACGGCGACAAUCACAGCGAUCACAGAAUGCAAUCUGUGGGCAAUUGAGCGUCAAUGCUUCCAGACAAUCAUGAUGCGAACUGGACUCAUACGCCAGGCCGAGUACACGGACUUCCUCAAGAGUGUGCCCAUAUUCAAGGACUUGCCGGAGGAUACGCUUAUCAAAAUCUCCGAUGUGCUGGAGGAGACGCACUAUCAGCGCGGCGACUACAUUGUGCGCCAGGGAGCACGAGGCGACACCUUCUUCAUCAUCUCAAAGGGUAAAGUGCGUGUGACGAUCAAGCAACAAGACACACAGGAAGAGAAGUUCAUUCGCAUGCUCGGCAAGGGCGACUUCUUCGGCGAGAAGGCGUUGCAAGGUGAUGAUCUGCGUACUGCAAACAUCAUUUGUGAGUCGCCGGAUGGCGUCAGUUGUUUGGUCAUCGAUCGCGAGACUUUCAAUCAACUGAUCUCGAGUCUGGAUGAGAUCAAGCAUCGUUACGACGAUGAAGGUGCCAUGGAGCGCAGAAAAAUCAAUGAGGAGUUCCGGGACAUUAAUUUGACGGAUCUGCGCGUGAUUGCCACACUCGGUGUGGGCGGAUUUGGACGAGUCGAGCUGGUGCAAACCAAUGGCGAUAGCUCUCGUUCGUUUGCGCUCAAGCAGAUGAAGAAGUCACAGAUUGUGGAGACACGUCAGCAGCAGCACAUCAUGUCCGAGAAGGAAAUCAUGGGCGAGGCCAAUUGCCAGUUCAUUGUGAAGCUCUUCAAGACGUUCAAGGACAAGAAGUAUCUGUACAUGCUGAUGGAGAGCUGCCUGGGCGGUGAGCUCUGGACCAUACUGCGGGACAAGGGCAACUUUGAUGAUGCCACCACGCGGUUCUACACGGCGUGCGUGGUCGAGGCCUUUGACUAUCUGCAUUCGCGCAACAUUAUCUACAGGGACUUGAAGCCAGAGAAUCUGCUGCUGGACGAGAAGGGCUAUGUGAAGCUGGUGGACUUUGGUUUUGCCAAGAAGCUGCAGUCGGGCCGCAAGACGUGGACAUUCUGCGGCACGCCCGAAUAUGUGGCACCCGAGGUGAUAUUGAAUCGUGGCCAUGACAUAAGUGCCGACUAUUGGUCUUUGGGUGUGCUCAUGUUUGAGUUGCUCACAGGCACUCCUCCAUUUACGGGCUCGGAUCCCAUGCGUACCUAUAACAUAAUACUUAAGGGCAUCGAUGCCAUCGAAUUUCCCCGUAACAUAACACGCAAUGCCAGCAAUCUGAUCAAGAAACUCUGUCGCGAUAAUCCCGCCGAGCGUUUGGGCUACCAACGUGGCGGCAUUAGCGAGAUACAGAAGCACAAGUGGUUCGAUGGCUUCUAUUGGUGGGCGCUGCAGAAUCGCACGUUGGAGCCACCAAUAAAGCCGACGGUGAAGAGCGUUGUGGAUACGACAAACUUUGAUGAUUAUCCACCAGAUCCAGAGGGACCUCCACCAGAUGAUGUCAGCGGCUGGGAUAAAGAUUUUUAGUGUUUAAGACUUAUGGCAAACUUAUGGAUAUGACACUGCUCUCUAGCAUCGCACCUGGAAUGAAUGGCAUAGAUGGAUUCCGGAAAUUAGGACGCCAUUCUGUACGCCAAAGCAAUAGUCAAGAAAGGAGGGGCAGGUGAAACAAUCGCAUUGCCCAGAACAGCUCAACAGCUCAGCAUGCAGCUCAUUGUCUCAGAUCUGAUCAUCAUGAUGAAAACAUGUGCAACACUAAGAAUUUAUUAACGAGUUUAUGUUUAUGUUUUAUACAACUGUAACUAUAACAGAAGAGAAACAAAAACCUAUAACUAUAACUAUUAUAAUUAUUAUUUUAUUAUUAUUACAUGUAAUGAUUGAUGAGAAAUUCUGUCUAGUUGAUUGGAAAUUGAUAUAAAUUGUAAGUAGGUUCGUUCGUCGGCAAUGAGGCAAAGCCGUCGGUCGCAGCUCUGUUCUGUUCCAUUAUGUAAAUUGUUUUCCAAACUAUGUAAAAUUACAAUUAAUAAUUGUUAAUGUACCAAGUGCAAAUCACACACACAUAAACACGCACACAAUCACACACACAUCAACACACGUACAUACAUACAUACACAAAUCGGGUUGCCUUAUAGUCUGUAAGCUGAUUUUUAUGCAAUUUAUGACCAGACCCUCAUGCUCAUAACAUUUCUUUUCCCUUACCGCCAAUUGUUUUUUGAAACUGUCAUGAUGUUAAUGUGGAUCUACUGCAGUUAUCCCCCAUAUGUCAUUAGCAUUAGCCAUCGUUUUCUAUAUCUAUGUAUAUCUAUAUGUAAAUGAAUAUAAAUCGCCUUUUUAAUUGUCUAAUUUAAGUAAAAUGAGCUAGAAAUUAAAUAAAUAACAAAUUUAUGCGCUUUGAAUAAAACGUUUUUUAU